GUAGUUAGUGUGAGGCUGUCGGUCCGCUCCGGUGUGGCUGUCGCGAGGAUGAACAGCUCCUCUUGAUCAUUACCAAAAAAAAAAAAAACUACCUUUAAAAGACGUAGUGUGUCGUCAUGUUUUUGUGUAGAUCAGAAGGUUGUGAUAGUUUGCUGGCGGACAGACCGCAUUAACGGUCGUGUGUUAACCGCGUUCAAGAAUUUCAGCCUGGACUUGAAAAAUAAUAACGGUCGUCGUGGUUUUACCCAACGACUCCCGUCAAGUUUCCUUUGUUUGUUUUGCCGUUGCUCGUUUCUAACGACAACUAAAGGAGCACGAAUGAUCCAGAUGAAGCUACGAAGCGGAGGAAACGCGGACGUAAAUAAUUGGUGCUUGAAAUGGCGAAAAUCUAUAUCGGACUCAACCCAGAGAUGGAAUGUACGUCCACCUUUUAUCUGGUUCAGGGGCUUUGGACUACACUGACAAACAUGCGUAUUGCAGGACUAUGCAGGGCUGGUGAAGUGAGUAGAAAAGGCCUUCAGCACUUGUCCUGGAAUGUUUCUGUCUACAGACACAUGUCAAUGUUAUCGGAUAGCAAACCCAGGAAGUGACUAUCUACUUUUCUCAUGUUGGUGACCUUGAUGGUUUUGAAGGAUCCCUGACUGAAGCUUUGGAGACAGACUGAUGAAUGAUUCAAAGCUUGCUGUGGUCCAGCGCCAUGGUAGACAUGCCGAGCCUGUACAGUCCCUUGUGCCCGCUGGGCGAUUCAAUUCUGGACAGCCCUCUGUGUGGAGAGCUCAUUGGUGACAUGGAGGUGCUGGAGGACAUCUCUCAGUCUCUCAGCGACGAUACCUUCAACUCCCUUCACGUACUGGACUACCAGAGCAGCAACACUGCAGCAGACAGCUCAACUGUCUUAGAUGUCUUAACACCGGCAUCGAGUCCGUCCUCAGAAGUGUUUGCGUCCAGUACGAUUCAGGACGAGAACUCUGGUUCUUUGGCCCUCGAGUGCCGCGUCUGCGCCGACCGGGCCUCAGGUUUCCAUUAUGGAGUGCACGCCUGCGAAGGGUGCAAGGGGUUCUUCAGGAGAACCAUUCGACUCAAACUGGAGUACGACAAGUGCGAACGCAACUGCAAGAUCCAGAAAAAGAACCGAAACAAAUGCCAAUACUGCCGUUUCCGCAAGUGCCUUGCAGUGGGCAUGUCCCACAACGCUAUCCGUUUUGGGCGGAUACCCCAAUCUGAAAAGCAGAGGCUGAAAGCCGAACAGGAUGUCAACGUGAAAGAGGAGCACGAGUCCCAGCAGCCGGACACAAAGAGUCUGGCCAAGCAGAUGCAUGAAGCCUACCUCAAACACUUCCACAUGAACAAAGCCAAAGCACGUGUGUUUCUCACGGGCAAGACCAGUACUCCGCCCUUCGUCAUCCACGACAUGGACACUCUCCAGCACGCCGAGCAGAAACUAAUCACCCAGCUGCUGGGCAACAUGGCGUCCGGAGACGUCUCCACUCUGCGGGAGAGGGAAGUGGAGGCCCGGCUCUUUCUGUUCUGCCAGUACGCCUCUGUGGCGACGGUCACAGAGCUGACGGAGUUCGCCAAGGCCGUGCCUGGCUUUGCCGCCCUAGACCUCAACGACCAGGUGACUCUGCUGAAGUACGGCGUGUACGAGGCGCUCUUCGCUCUGCUGGCCUCCUGCAUGAACAAAGACGGGCUGCUGGUGGCUCACGGCGGAGGCUUCAUCACUCGAGAAUUUCUAAAGAGUCUGCGUAAGCCCUUCAGCGACAUGAUGGAGCCGAAAUUUCAGUUCGCCAUGAGGUUCAAUGCCCUAGAGCUCGACGACAGCGACCUGGCACUGUUCGUGGCUGCCAUCAUCUGCUGCGGAGACCGUCCAGGACUGAGCGACGUGUCGCAGAUCGAGCGCAUCCAGGAGAGCAUCAUCCAUGUCCUACGGCUCCACCUGUUGUCCAACCACCCCGACAACACCUUACUCUUUCCCAAGCUGCUGCAGAAACUGGCCGACCUGCGGCAGCUGGUGACGGAGCACGCGGAGCUGGUCCAGGACAUCAACAAGACGGAAGAUGCUUCACUCCACCCGCUUCUGCAGGAGAUCUACAGAGACAUGUACUGAGCUCAGAGCGUCGCUAUUCUCGGGAAGGCAGGACAUGACAGGGAAAAGCCAGCGUAAUUCUAGGCUGAAAAAUAUAGCACUAACCUUUAAUAGGGCACGGACCUUUAUAAGGUCAAUGCCUAUAGUCCCAUAGAUCUUUUGUAAAUUUGCCAGAGAGUGGAUUUCAAUUACAGGUGCAGUGAGCGAAUGGCACUCAAAAUAUAUAGAAAUCCCUAAAAACAUUUGUGACCCUGGAGCACAAAACCAGUCUCGAGU